AUGGCAUUUUGGAAAUGGGACAAAGUAGUUGAAAACUUAUACAUCAAGGUACACAUGGUUCAAGUUCCACCCAAGUUCCAAAAUGAGUUCGAUGUCGCAUGGCAUCGUGGAAAUAAUGCUUCUGUCACAGAAAAAAGGAAGCCUGACAAAAAAGGAAGGAUAAAAUACGAAGAACUUUUCUCUGUUCCUGUUACAAUUUUCGUUAACAAGAAAGAUAAGUCCAUUAGACUAAAAAUUGUCGAAUUUUUACUCAGAAGACAUAUUGAGGGAUCACAAGUCAAAUUCCUAGGUCGCCUUCACAUAAACGUUGGAGAAUACUACUCUCAGAAAGAAAAACCAACAGCGCUCAGCGUUGAUAUGGAAUCUGAGCGUUCUCAACAACCAAAAAUCAAUCUCUCUAUUUCUUUCAGCCCAAUACCGAACGAUUAUGUUCCUGACUUCCAGUCUCAACUCGAAGUCAAUGAAUCUGAUAUCGAAAAUGCCGACGAGCAGCCAACCAAGAUCAAGCGCAACGACUGGGACAAAUCCGGCGAGGAAGAGGAUCAGCGCGAAGAAGUCCAAGAGGGCCUUCCUCCAGAGAUGCAAGCGCCAAAAGAAGAAAAACCGGAAGAAGAGCCGAAACCAGAAGAAAAGAAUCCUGAACUCGAAGCCAAAGCCCGCGAAGUCGAUGCCGAAGAUCUCAAGGACGUCAUGGAGCCAAGAAAGCGCGGAUCAACAGCAAGAUACCAAAGAUCUACAUCUUCCAUCUUAUCUUCGGACAAGAUUCCAAAACCCGAUGAAGAUCAAAAGAAGGAGCUUGAUGCAUCAAAUACAGAAGGAAAAGCUCCGACUGAGAUGGCAAUACCAAUUACAGAGAGUACUCCGCUCGAAGCGAUACCAGAAGAGCCGAAGAAGGCCAACGAUAACGAGUACUACUCAGAUGAAUAUUACGAAGAAGAGAGCAUUUACUAUUCUGAUGAAAUCGACGAAGAAACCAUCAGGAAAGAAGCUUCUCUUGUUCAGAAAGUACUCCUUAAGACAUGGCCCAACUACAAAGUCACUUAUUGCCUUGAUGUUGACGAUAAAAUCGCAUGUCCACCAGCAGCUCUUCCAUUCUUGGCAACAAUCCUUCACUGCCAAGUUCUUCAUCAGGAACAGUGCCUCAACGCCUUCCUAAACAACAUCGGUCUCGCUCCAUUACAAAAUAAUUGUUACUCAGUCCAUCGUUUCUACACUUACGCCGUUAUUUUACUGUUCGUACAGCGUUCUCAGUACGUCAAGAACAGGAAAUACGCUCAUGUUGACGAUUUCUUGAACAAAUUAACUCCAAUCUUCUUUAAUACCCUCAGAGGGUCGCUGAAGACCUUCGUUACCCCAUUCAAGGGACUUUGCAACAGGCUCUGCACUACCAGAUUCAUCAUGAACGAACUCGUCGAAGAUUUCGUUGUUGAAUUUGGCAAGGCUCAGAAAAUCAUCAAGACACAAUUCCCUCUUGUCGACAACUACGUCAUGCGCUUCUUCCUUACCAUCCUUGACUUCAAAUUCGCCUCCAAACUUGCGAAAUCCAACCUCAGAUGGAAUUCCAAAAACGCAGCACUGUGGGCGAGUUUCUUUACGAUGGUCGAAGCAACAAUGAGGCCUGACGACAAGCCGCAGCAGCAGAAAGAGACAAAUGACGGUCUUCCAACUGAAGAGGAAGAGAAACAAGAGCUUCUCACAACAGAAGAGGACGAACUCAAGAAAUUCCAGUUGAAGGUCGAAUUCCCAAUUGCAAAACAAAUUUGCCAUUUGAUAACUCUUUCUCCUGUCAUCGUCAAACAGCCUGAACUGACUGAAACUGUCUGCAAGGACAUCCCUCUCCAGACUGUCGCUUUCAUUCUUGAUAACAUCAAACCGGACGAGAUAAUGCCUCUCCCGAUUUACAUCGAGGAUUUCUGCAAGGCGAAGAACUUGCCAUCGAAAGAUCUCAAGCCUGAGAAGUUGAAGAAGUUUUCUCCUGUUGAUUUCGAGGAACUCAGCAAACUCAUCAACUACGAAGCUUGGAGACACUGCAUCGAAGAAGAUGCUGUUGUCGAAGAAUACAAGUACUUCAAGGAUUACUUCAAGGGUGAGAAAGAUUAA